GCCCAGUUCGCUUUGGUUUAUUUUUAGAAUCUCUCACAUACACAAUGGGGUUCUAGAAGGAAGUGAACGCCAAUAUUAAUGGCGAGAAAUUAUCCCAGAUUCUAUCAUAACCCAACCAAGCGAGACCCCUAGACAAGCAUGUCUACCACCAUUUCAGGACUGCCCGUGUAUGUUUGGCGGAAUCAAUCGACCCAAAGUACAGCCACCACUCUCCGUGGACUUUGAACAAGGAAUGAUCUUCAUCGAUCCUCAUCACAGUAUUCGGACAAUUUUCUUUUAUUUCUCGAGCGGAAUUUUGACAACCUCAUUUUACUAUCAGUCAGAUCAGACUUGGUGGGUGAUUCAUAUCUCCGUAUCUACCCUGGAUUUACUUGACACGUUCUCCCUUCAAAAUCGGAAUAUUUUGGAAUUGAACCUGUAACAUCCGAAUAGUUGGGAUGGAGGAAGGACGUGGUUGUUGAAACACUUUUGUGUCUGAAGCUUCCUUUGUACAAUCUUCCUCUUUUUGGAUCUUGUGUAAACUUGACUUUUUGGAAAUCCCGACGAAUUAUCAACAUGGAAAUAGAAAACGAUGCGAUAGGAGAAGUUGGGUGUCAUCUAACAUGGCCAGAACUUCUUAAAAUAACCCAGGAACAGCUUGAACGGUCCUGGAACUCACUUGAAACGCGGAAGGUAGAAUUUUCUGAGCUGCCGACAUAUUAUUGCUCGAUCAAAAACCUUCAGGGAUUCAUCUUGUAUUCACUGAAUGAUCAGAAAACAGCUGAAGAAAAGUUUGAUGAAGUCAUGGAGUUGGACCCUAACAACAUCAUUGCAACUGGAAACCUGGCAGUUCUCUAUAGGCGCCAGUCCAAAUUGAAACUUUUCCAUGAAUUCAUACAGAAGUUGCAGAAGCUACUGUCUGAUCGAGACCCUGUAUAUCUUGCUCGGGCGUAUGCUGAUCGCGCCCAUGCGAUUCGCCACUUUGAACAGGACGUUCGUCCUUUCAGUUACACUGCCUUCAUCAAGAAGGCAGUCGAGAUCGGAGCUGAGACCGACGUUCCAGAAAAGGCUGAAUGGAUUUUCGACUAUGGCCUCGCUCUUUACCGCAGAGACAGUCAGCUAGUUGCAGGACAAGCAGCAAUGGCAGUGACAGAACCCAGCUUCAAGGAAGCCAUCGUGUGCUUUGCCUCGGUCACAGAAAUGGUGGAUGCUCCGCCGGCUUAUCGCGCCCUCUCUUGGGUGUUUAUGGGAAUUCUCUUACGGACCAAGACUUCAAGAUCCCUUGGACAGGCCUUACUCGAUACUACUCACCUCCAUUCAUAUACGUCAAUGGACUGUUAUGAGCAGGCACUGUCACUGCAGCCUGAUCAUCACAUUGUGCUACGACGAGUUGCCUCUGAACUAACCUUGAUGAAGCAGUUCGACCGUGCAGAGAAAAUGUUCCAAAAGUCAAUUGAAAAGGAAGCUUCGUGGUUCGGACAUCGCCACUUAGGUUUGCUGUACCUAGCUAUGUACGAGGAUGAUUAUGGUAAGGAUUCGAAAGUAACAUCGGAACAACAACUCAGUCUACUAGCGAAGGCUCAAGAGCAAUUUCAGACAGCACUGCAAUUCAAGCAGGUCCACGCAGAUCAUUCUGAUCUAGGUUACAUAGCCUUUCUCAGAGGUGAUUACGACACAGCCGUUCAAGAAUUCAGUCUUGCAGUGCGGUCUAGCCAUGACGACAAUUUCGACAUCGCCGAAACACACUCAAGGUGGGCACGGUGCCUCAAGAAAAUGGGCGAAGAAGAGGGCGCACUUCUGCAGCUUUCAGAAGUUCAGAAAGCCCAGAAGAGACUGCAAAAGCAGGUUGAGAUCUUACAAAAUAUCUUUACGCACAAUCACGGAAUCAACUGUUGUGGUUUUGAAUGCGACUUAUCACGAUUUGACUACUGCUCUUCUGAGCGACAAGGAUUCGUGAACAUUUUAUCCGAGAAUCAAUGUGCUUACAUCAAUCCUCUUUCACCUCUUCUGCACCGUCAACCCAGCUCGUACAAGUUUGAUUUCUUCGUCAGCUUCACCCACAUCGACCACAAAUGGACAGUCUCGUUCGUGAAGAGACUGGAAAAGGAUUUCGACGUCCGAGGUUGCAUUCGCUACCGUGAUUACGCGUACGGUGCGACCAUCGCAGAAAACAUCGCUGAGAACAUCGACGAAUCAUAUCGGAUAAUUUUGAUCUUGAGUCCCGAUUCGCUCAGGGAUCACUGGUGCCGUUAUGAGCUUCAGAGAGCGCACAUCGAAACCCUGAAGAGAAGAUGCAUCGUACCUGUACUGUUGCGGACGUGCAAACUCCCCCGAGAAGUGGAGAAUCUCACGCACAUCAAGUGUAACCGGGGCCAGUUUGCAUUGGAGGACUGGUAUCGGCUUCGAGAAACUCUUCGACAAGACGAGAAGAAGACCAAGAUGAACUUGGACAGUUGACUAUCUGUACCAGCAUCUCAUACUGAGAUGGGAUCAGAAAUACAAUCUGGUAUUAAACAAAUUCCUGUCAAAUUGAAAAGGACGUUGCGCAGAUUUGUUAUGCAAUAAUGUUGGUAACUUUCUCAAUUUCUUUGUCGUAUAGGUUAAAGAACAAUAAUUAGAAAAAAAUGGCAUUCUUGUAAUCAGAUAACCAUGACAACAAUAAUAAUCCAUUUUCCCAUAUUUUGACUGCGGUUGCGCAAGAAUCGCUUGCCAACGCCUCAUAACCAGUUCACAGAUAUAGGCAAAAAAAAAAACCCACACAAAUAAUAGUUUCCAAUCCACCAUUGAAUGAAGCGUCACUUUACUUUGCCACUACUUUUAGCACAAUAAUAAUAAUA